CUCUGUUUCGGUCACAAUGCUAACCCUAGUGGAAUACUUCUUUUGUUCUAGGCCCGACGCGGGUCCCGCUUUGCCAUGUAUGUGCCGGCAGCGGGUUUUAGCGGGAAUUUGGCGGGGAAGCCGUUGUCACAAGCUUCUGUUGUUCUCGAAGCAUGGAACGGCCAGUAACCAUCAAAGCAGCGCUUCACUCGUCCCAUUUUCCCAAUCGGAAGACGGCGAAUGGCGCGAGGUGACUCAGCCAUUCAGGCAGAUGUGCUCCAUGGCUUCCGGGGGAUGCAACGGCCUGAUCUCCUGGAUAAGUCAACGCGACCGCGCUUCACCGUCCUCCUUCCUGUUGCGGGCUGAGGGGCCUUAUCGUCGGUGAAGCUCUCUCCAUCGCCAAGUACCGUAGUGCCGAUUUUUUGUGGCAGUCGCCUUCUCAUUGCCAGACCAGCAACACAGGCAAACCUUGCCACUGUUGAUCAAAUAAUAAAACCGAGACUUUUUUUCCCCCCAUUUCCUUCUUUUAUUAUUAUUCUCACUCAUUCACUUUUACUCACCAUCCGCCUUCACACACACCUCACUCCCAUCCGUCCAUCGGUAGCUGCUUCGUAUCGCACACCCCGCAGUACCAUUCGUCAUUAGAAAAACUGACCUCGCCACCGUUACAAACAUGGCCGAAUCUCAGGAGCUGUCCAUGGACCUCCCCGUUAUUGACCUCGACGUCUUCCUUUACAAACCCCGUGACUCUGUUGAAGUGCAGGCAGAAUGCGUCAAAGCUGCCAACGCUCUCAUCACCUACGGCGCACUGGUGCUCCACGAUUCGCGCGUGUCUGAGGAUGACAACACCACUUUCCUUGACCUCCUGGAAGAUUACUUCGCCCAACCAGAAGAAGAUCUCAAGAAGGAUGAGCGCCCCGAGCUCAGCUACCAGAUUGGUGUCACGCUCGAGAACACCGAAAAGCCCAAGUGUGCCGUCGAUGAGCCAUGCCUGAACGUGAUCGAGAGACUCGCCCCUUCAGAGCGCCCCUUGGAUAUCAAGGGCCACGAACCCGACCCGAAGUGCAGAUUCUUCUGGAGAAUGGUCGAGGCCCCUCCAUAUGAGACUCAGUUCCCAGGCUUGAACGCCGACAACAUCACUCCUGAUGCGCCCCAUAUCAAGGAGAGAUGGGGACCAGUCAUGAACCAGUGGGGAGCAUCCAUGAAGAAUGCCGUGGAAGGCCUCACCCAGAUGGCCGCCGUUGGCCUUGGCCUCCCAGCCGACACCUUCAAGGAUGCUGGCCGCUACGGCCCUCAUCUCCUGGCCCCUACUGCCUCUGAUCUCCAAAAGUAUGGCAAGGUCAACACGAUCCUCGCCGGCUUCCACACCGAUCUCAACUUUCUCACCAUCCACGGUCGCUCCCGCUAUCCCGGCCUCCACAUCUGGGCUCGCAACACAGGAAAAAAGAUCCCAGUCAAGAUCCCGCAGGGCAACUACUUGCUGGUCCAAGCCGGUAAGCAGCUCGAGCACAUCACCGGUGGCCUUAUCAAGGCUGGCUUCCACGAGGUCGUGGUCAACGAGAGCACCGUGAAGGUAAUCAACGAUCGCAAGGAGAAAUUCCCCAACAGGCCACUCGUGAGAAUCAGCAGCACCUUCUUCUGGCACUUGUCCAGCGAUUACGACUUGGUGCCCAUCCCCGAGCUGAAGGAAAAGGCCAAGGAGGUCCGAGCUGCCCAGUUCAACUUGGGCAAGGAUGAGGGCGAGGAGGUCGAGUACCCUGCUCUCAAGGUCGGAGAGCAGGUGUCCAAUGAGCUGAGGCACAUUGCACUCAUGGUGAAAUAACUCACAGGAUUUUUCCUGUGGCAUUUCUUUUUUGCUUUUUUCGGUGUGAUUCAAGCCACGGCAUAUGACAGGUGUCAAAUGGGUUGCACAGCAUUAGCGCUGCGGGAUUGGGUCAUUUUUAUGAGGUCAUGUGUAAUGUCUCAGCAUGGUGUCUUAGACCUUUGGUACCUAGUAAGCAAGCGAGUCUUCAACGACUAUUGUAUCAUAUCACAAAUGCAUUUAUAUUUUUGCAUAAUCCGGGGUACAUCUGGCAAGGAGAAAAUUACCGUCUGCACAGUGAGCUCUGGGUCCAG